AUGUCAUGUCAAGUCAAGGAUGUGGAUGAGUAAAUAGUAAACAAUUUGUGUUGAAAGUUUUCAUUUUUUAAAUUUGUUUUAAUAUCUUUAUGGCAAUGAGUACUAUCAGUGUGGUGUUAGCUACAUUCUUACUAAUCUCCCAGUUGAAACUAGGCGUAUCCCUUGAAUGUUAUGUUUGCGAUAAUCAAGAAAACAACAAGGAGAAAUGUGUGACUACAAUUCAAACGUGUAAUUAUGGGGAAGACGUCUGUUUAACGGAAAUCAGUUGGGGGAGUACUCCCUAUUGGCAGCAGGGUGCGUUAAAGCAAUAUUACAUAUCGAAACGAUGUUCUUCUAGAGAUAAGUGCGCGAAAUUUAGAAGCAGUAAUAUGGGUACCUGUACCCACAUUUGGUACCAGGAUUGGAAAUGUUCAGAGUGUUGUAAGGGCGAUAGGUGUAACUAUUACAUCAUUUCUGGUUCCUCAAAGAAGAUUCCAGUCAACUUACUUACACUCCUAUUGAUGUCCAUAUCAUCGGUUUUAUUAUUUACUCAUCUGCAUUGAGUAAAAAACGAAAGUCUUAUAGUACAAAUGUAAAAAUGUACAUUAUUUAACUAAUGUAACACAUGUACUGAGCAUGCGAUAGUAAUGUUAUGCUACAAAAUGAGAGCUCAAAAGUGCCUGUUGUAUUUUAUAAAAGUAACCUGCAAUUCUUGCAGCUUUAGUAAUAAUAGUUUAAAAAUAAAUGCACUGCCAUUAGGAUCAAAUGUGAGGCCACAUGUUGGAUAUAAGAGUCACAUUAAGCACAAAAAAUAUUUUGAAAUUAUUUUUAGCUUAUGAAAAUGCAAAUGAAAAUUUCAAACAAUUUUUACUUAGCAAAUUCAUAUAUUUAACUUUUGGUGCUGUUUUCAAAUGCCUAAAAAGAUUUUUGGACAUUUAGCAUCAAAUAUAUUUUCCUAUUGUGGCUCUUUAAGAUUUUAAGUAUUCCAUCUUUUCCUUUUUAUCUAGUGUAUUUGUAGAUUUGUACAAGCCACAAAACUUUAUGCUAUAUCUGAAGAUGAAGCCUUACAUUUAAAUUUUUUUAAUGUAUGACAUGUAGCUGACUAAAAUGUUAAAUUUAUAUAAUCUCAUAUAUUUUCAAAUUUCAAUGACACUUCUUUUAAUAUUAAGACAUGAACUGUCACAAAAAAUGUACAAAAAAACAUUAAUUUGUGUUUACUAUUAUUCCUAAAACGUGACAAAUAUCAGCGUAACUCUUCUAUGUAGAAGCCCCAUGGUGUAAAAACUUACAAAUCGUUCGAUUUUUGAAAAUUGGAUCGAAAAUUUCUACAAAAUGACGCACAAUCAAACAAUAAUAAACAGUAGAAACAGAAUUAUCCAGCUGUUAUUGUCACAUCAAAAGUCGUUUGCUUAAUAGCGAUUAAUCUGAAUAUGGAAAUGAUAUGAAUACAUUCUCUUGUGGCACAAUACUAAAGUGAUUGAACGAAUCUCAUAGAACAUUCCGUCCAUUGGUUGUUUUAGUUAUAUAUUUUUUUAUUUGUUUUUGAUAUAUUUUUUGUCUGCACUCAUGUAUUUUUAAUUUACAUUUUUAGUACUUAGUUUUAAGAAGAUAGUUUUGUAAAUUUUUAUAUAUUUUAACAAUUAUUGUUAUAAAUCUAUAUAUUAGCCUCUUGUGGAUGACAAUCUCUAUUAUAGAGCAGCAUCUAGACAGAUGGUUGGCAUAUCUCGAAUGCUGACAUUACAUGGACAACAUAUGGCAGUCUAAGAUAAAUUAAAUGUUACCGUAAUAUGAAAUAUCACGUUAUUAUAAAUACCUUACAUAAAUAGUUUCUUUAUUAGUAUUACAAAAAAUGCAGCUUGUCUUAGAAAAGAUAUACAUCAAUAACUUUAUGAUUUUUAGUCCAGAAUUCAAAUUUCUUAUCGGUUUGGACAUGAAUAAUGAUAGUGGACUUUUAUUUGUGUUAUGUGGGCCAUAACCAUGACUGAAACAGCAAUUUGGGUUUGUCUUUAACACAUUGCGUGCCGUGUCGCUCAUAUGAGAGACACAUAUUUUGCCAGGGGCCACGUCGCUCAUUUUUGAUACACACGUAUGACUAACUUUCAUGGCAGUGAAUGUCAGUGGCCCCUGAGAGUAGUAUCCUGAUUAAAGCGUGGCAGGCAAUGUGUUAACGAGAUGCUGCGUGAUCUAUAAGUAAAAUUUUAUGUGCAUGUUAUCAACUAGACCUGGUGCCAUGUUAGGCAUGCCAACGACCACCAAGGGUUAAAUGUAGGUUUAAUUAGUGUGUUCUAGACAUAGUUCAACAGAGAAGUGUAUUUAUCAUCUUCUGUAUUUAUAAUCUUCUGUUUGAUCUAAACCACAUUUGAACACAUUCAUCUUAUAGUGUCACUAUACUGAAAAGAAUUGGUAAGCAUUAUGACUAAUGAUACUGUAUUCCUGUAAUUGGUGGUACAUUGGAGCUAAACUAAAAGUCAAACAAUUUGGCAUGCACGUCACAUAUUUAAUGACAUAUGACAUCAUAACCCACCGGUACAAACUUGAAACAAAUUCAACAAAUUUUUUCUCAUAUAUUAGUUUUUUCGUUACCGUCAAGUUUGACAGGAAAGCGUUGUUGCCAAAUAAUAAAUAUAUAUGUAUUUACUACAGCAACUACCGGCUACACUGUUUCUUUUUGUCUUUAAGAGUGUGAAACAAAGAUAACUAUCUGUAAUACAAGUGUAAAAGUUAUGUCCUAUAAAAGGUUAUGUAAGAUUUUUGUUUGUUUAUUUUUUUCUUCUUUUAAGGCCUCUGGGAGCCGUGCCUAUUUAGCUAGCAACAUUUCUAAACUACCGUAACUAAACCUACCAUACAACAAAACUAUUACGAACCUUAUCGACCAAUCAAGGAUAGGGAAGAAAAAGGGUUAAAAAAUAAACUGUCGUUAGAAUAUAAACUAAAUAAAUAAAAUAUAAUUUGAAGACAAUAAUUUGACAUUAUAUUUAACGUCCAAUAUUAUGACAGACGUCAGUUACCAUUUACAAUCUCACCAAAUAUAAUAACGACGUUAUAUCAACUCAUCACUAAUUCUAGCCAAUAAAAUGCUCGCUGUAAUAGGAAUGCCAUGUCAAAAAAAUCUGAUUAUUCACUAUAUAUUUUUUUAAAUUUAGAAUAUGGCAACAAUGGGAAAAUUACGUGCAUUCCUUAUUAUUUGAUUUUUCCUUUAAAACCACUGUGAGUCUGCACAAUACUUGACGACUUACAGUAUAUUCAUUGUAUCAGCCUUAACAUUCUAACUAAUCUUUAUUUCAAGUUAAGAAUAGAACGUUACGCUUACGGAGAUCAGUAUUGCCCAUGAGUAUCAUGAGUAUUGCCAAACCUCUCGCGUACGGGUGGAUACUCGACUGCCGAUAUACAUAGAUAUACGAUUCAUUCUAGUCAGUACGGCAUGGCAUCUCCGCGCUGCUAUCACUCAUAAGAAAUACAAGGGGCUAUCUCCGCAAUGUUCUAUUCUAAACGUGAAACGCUCCAUAUACCAUAGUGACAGUCCAGUCUCCAGCGCAUCAGAAAACCCAGCUCUUAGUUUCAUUUGUUUGACUAGGUGGAACUGCAUUUUUAUAAGAAGUAAGAAGAGUAUAAUUAGUAGUAAGGAGUAUUAUUUUCACUUAUUUAUCUGAGAACAUCUAGAAACACUAAUUUGACCUUUAUUUUUUACUUAGACUGGAGUAGAUACUGUUUUAAUAUUUUUAGUCUAGGCGCCAAAUAGAGGUCACCGUGUCCUUUUCAAUUCUGAUGGACAAACUCAACGGUUUCUUUUGGAUUUUUGGCUGCUGAUUACGAAUUUCGAGGGUGGAAUUCGAUCCGAGUGGUCAAAAAAUUGUUAUAAACAAUUUAAUUGUUCAUAAAUUGUUUAUAAGGCUCUGGCUCAUAAACUAAAACAGAUAAGUAAAGAAUGUUUUAAAUAAAAUUUGUUCGUUGAUGAAAAACGAAGAAAAGAACGUUUACUAAACUUAAAUCCAACAAUUAGAACUCAAGAUAUUGUAAAAUUAGUGCACAAUGCAAAUUGCAAAAUAAGUAUUUUUCGAAGCUUUAUCGAUCGUAACUCGGCUUGUACGCAUGAAAAUGAGCCUUAGAAGGUCUCAUUUUGAAGUUUAAUGAAUAUGAUUCCAAACAAAGUUUGUUAAAUUACCUUGUCUUCAUUUGUUUUAAAGUUAUAUCCGUGUGAAUUUAAAAUUUUCUUAAAAAAAUUGUACAUUAAUUUAUUUUUAAGAGUUUCAAUCAAAUUUGAGCUAUAAACAUUUAUACUUUAAUUAACAAUAAUGAUAGAAGAACUCAAAAGGAACAUUUUGAGCUUAAGAAAAUGUUCGUAUGUUUAUUUUUGGCCAAGAUAUCGAUAUUUUUAUAGCGCGCUCUGAGGCGCGAGGUUGGCUCACCGCGUAAAGGUUCACGCGCUAACUUCUCGAUGCAAAUUAUAAUUUCUAUGUUAUCUUCAUUUGUCAUUUUUGAAGAUCCUAAUAAAAUGUUAUCAUAUAAUUCUUAUAAUUAAAUGAUCAUACUAUACCUCGUGUCACCUUUCUUUCUAUUUACUUUGUCUUCUAUUUUUUGUACUAAAUGAGAAAAAAACAUUAAAAACUAAUAUUUCAGAAAUAUAACUAAAAAGUGACUUGAUAUUAUUUACUAAUACUAUUUUUACAAACAUUAUCUUUCAUGCAUCUGCAUCGAGAUAUACAGAGAAUCUCAGCUUUUUUACAUCUGCAUAAGUUCUUAGAGCAAUUUUUACAGGUACAUGGUGGUACUAAAUCUGUUCUUGUAGGCAGUAAAACUAAAACUUUCUGGGGCUUGUUAUGCCUGUUUAGCUUGUUGCUAAAUGCUCGUUUUAUAUGCAAUGACGAUGCUGUAAAAGAACUCGAUCCAUUUUUAUAUGGAUAUCAUAUAUUGGCUCAUUUACAUGCGUAGAAGCCGAGUUACAAUCGAUAAAGCGUCGAAAAAUACUUACAUACUUGACUGUGAGCCGAUUUUGCGCCUCAUAGCGCGCCAUUAAAAUAUCGAUAUCUCGACGAAAAAUAAACUUACGAACAUUUUAAAACGCUCAAAAAGGCUCUUUUGAGUUCUUCUAAAACGCUCUUUUGAGUUCUUCUAUCAUUAUUGUUAAUUUAAGUAUAAAUGUUAACAGCUCAAAUUUACUUGAAACCCUUAUAAACAAAUUAAUGUACAAUUUUUUUAAGAAAGUUAUAAUUUCAAACGGGUAUAACUUUAAAACAAAUGAAGAUAAAGUAAUUUAACAAACUUUGUUUGAAAGCCUGUUAACGAAGCUUUAAAAUGACACCUUCUAAGGCUCAUUUUCAUGCGUAGAAGCUGAGUUACGAUCGAUAAAGCUUCGAAAAAUACUUAUUUUGCAAUUUGCAUUGUGCACUAAUUUUACAAUAUCUUGAGUUCUAACUGUUGGAUUUAAGUUUAGUAAACGUUUUUUUCUUCGGUUUUUAAUGACGAACAAAUUUUAAUUGAAACAUUCUUUUUUAUCUCUUUUAGUUUAUGAGCCAGAGCCUUAUAAACAAUUUAUAAACAAUUAAAUUGUGUAUAACAAUUUUCUGACCACUCACAUCGAAAUCCACCCUCGAAAUUCGUAAUCAGCAGCCAAAAAUCGAUAAGAAACCGUUGAGUUUGUCUAUCAGAAUUGAAAAAGGCACGGUGACCCCUCUGGCGCCUAGACUAUUUAGCCGUACGAUGUUUUUAAAUGGGUAUAUUCUGUUAUUGUAUGAGUCUUAUCAGUCUUAGUACCGUCUCCGUCCAAAAGAUCUGGUUAAAAAUCAGUUCUAUAUUAUGAACUUAUUAAAUUUUAUAUUCCAAUGAUAUGAUUUAUAGUUUUUAAGACGACUUGGUAUUCUGGUUAUAUUGUAAAUAUACAUUUCAUUGCCUUUAUAUUGAUUUUUAAAGAUUUGUAAAUUUUAUAAAAUAAAAAUUGUUCUUAAA